UUUGUUAAGACUGUUGGUUAGUGAGUUUCUGUACUUCAUGUGCAGUUGCAGUAUUUCGAGUUACUUGAAUUGCAUUAUUUGAAUUGCAUAAUUUUGCAAAGGAAAAAAUACUAUUGUCGUGCACUAAUUAGAGGAUUAUAAGCUUAAAUAUAUAACAAUGGUGCUGAAAACCGCUUAGAAGCUUUGGAUAAUAAACGAUGAUAAGUGGGCAGGAUUUUUGUUGAAUUUGAAGAAUCAUUAUGGUGUGGUCACCUCUGGCUGUACAGUUCCUAGUGGCUGGAUCCACCCAUCUAGCAGCACUGUCGGCUGGGGGCGUGAUUGCCUAUCCAAGCGUGUUACUGGUACAACUGAAGAAUAACGAUACUAUUAUAGAGCUGGACCUGCAUAAGGGAUCAUGGAUUGGUUCCGUUCACGGCAUAGCCGGCGUUCCAAGCAUCCUUAUGCCUUUCAUUAUGCAGUACAGAGGCAGAAAAUUUGCCUUCAUCCUCAGCUGUGUUCUCAUCAUCACAGGCUGGAUCCUCACUUACGUAGCUCAAAACUUGAGCACCUUGAUUAUUGGCGAAUGCUUCCAUGGCCUCGGCACCAACAGUCUGGUCGCUGUCAGCUUUCUCAGCGUCUCCGAAAUGGUUCGACCCAAAUAUCGCAGCACCUGCCUUCUACUCUACGGAACCAUACAAGCUUUGGGUAUUUCUUCCGUCGGUAUAAUAGGAGGAUAUCUUCAUUGGAAGACGACUGGUUUAAUCAUGUGCUGCCCAGCUUUAUUGGCUAUUCCUUUAGGCCUUAUUUGGCCUGAAUCCCCUUCAUGGCUAGCUUAUAAAGGGAGGUUCAAAGAAUGUGAACGGAAUUUCGUAAGGCUACGAGGCACUGACGAGGAAUCGAAAAAAGAGUUGAAGGCGUUAAUCAAUGCUCAGAAAGAAGAAUUAAAAAUAAAAUCUGUAACGAAACUCCAGGAUUUGAGGAAAACAGUAAAAAGCAGAGAUUUCUAUUUGCCGACUUUACACACUUUUGUUUUAAUCAACUUCUUGUACUGGGGCGGUGGGAUGCCGGUCAUAAUAUACGCCAACGACAUGCUCGUGAAAAUUUCAGGCACUUUAAACGCCAAAACUAAAUUAGCUAUGGACAUUAUCCUGUUUAUUGGCUAUAAUAUAACUACAGUCUGCGUCCGUUAUUUUAGCAGUAAAAAAGUAAUGGUACUCAGUAUGAUGGGAUCAGCAGUUUUCAUGGGAGGGGCGACAUUGACGACGAUUUUAGAAAGAGUGGGAGUUUUGUCAAAAGAGCUUGAAUUAGCCGAGUAUUGUCUCGUUGGUUUCAUGAUUUUCGUGAGCACAAGUUGUGUAGGGUUUUCUAUUUCAAGCGAGAUAAUGCCGGUGAAACACAGAGGUGUGGGCGGGUGUUUAUAUGUUUUAUAUACCUGCUUGCUCCAUUCUUCAUGUCUGAAGGCGUACCCUUACUUGUGUUUAUAUAUGAGCAUAUGGGGCAUAUUUCUGCUGUAUACUAUUUAUAUAAUGUUUACUAUUUUUAUCGUUUGGAGGUAUGUGCCCGAUACUAAGAAUAGAACUUUGCAAGAAAUUGAAGAUUAUUAUGCUUUGGGCUAUUUUAAGGAUGUUGAUAGGAAUGAUGCUGUUGGUGAACCAUUUAUUAGCUCUGAUGUUCGUUAGUUAAGUGAAUGUUCUAAUGUAGAUCUGUGUAUUAAAUUAUUGUCUUUGUAAAAUAAAUAUCUAACUUAUUUUUUU